ACCGCGGACGCAGCGUUUACGCCAAGCCGACGCACAAAGUGGAUUUACUGAACACCUGCAUGGGGAAACUCUGAGGCUUGAUCCUUUUUUUCUGUCAUCUGCCUCUGCUGGGAACCAACUGGCAACUGGAAUGGAACUGAAUCUGUCGAAGAAUGUGAUUUCUUGUGGGGACCCAGGUGGGAUGAAUUUGGACAGAAUCGCAGAGGCAGUGAGAGCACCGCCGCCCCGCGACGUGGCCCCCGCGUUUCAUUUACCGAGAACUUCAAACAGCAGUCGAGAAACGUUAGAGAACUCAAGCAGCGAGUCUUCAGACACAGAGUUGGCAGAAAAGGAGAGGAGUGCUGAACACAGGAGCGAUGACGGGAACGCGGACGACCCCAAGAAGAAGAAACAGCGGCGGCAGCGGACUCACUUCACCAGCCAGCAGCUGCAGGAGCUGGAAGCCACUUUCCAGAGGAACCGCUACCCGGACAUGAGCACCAGGGAAGAGAUUGCCGUGUGGACAAACUUGACCGAGGCCAGAGUCCGGGUGUGGUUCAAAAACCGCCGGGCCAAGUGGAGGAAGCGGGAGCGGAACCAGCAGAUGGACCUGUGCAAAAACAGCUACCUGCCGCAGUUCAGCGGCCUCAUGCAGCCUUAUGACGACAUGUACCCGGCCUACACCUACAACAACUGGACCAACAAGGGUCUCACCCCGGCGCCGCUGUCCACCAAGAACUUCACCUUCUUCAACUCCAUGAGCCCCCUCACCUCACAGUCCAUGUUCUCGGCGCCUAACUCCAUCUCCUCCAUGACCAUGGCCUCCGGGAUGGGCCACUCCGCCGUGCCGGGUAUGCCCACCCCGGGUCUAAACAACAUCAGCAACCUAAACGGUAUCGGCACGUCUGGCAUCAACUCGGCUAUGUCAUCGUCCGCGUGUCCGUAUGGGCCACCCGGCUCUCCGUACAGCGUUUACCGGGACACUUGCAACUCCAGCCUGGCCACCCUCAGACUCAAAUCCAAACAGCAUCCAACUUUUGGAUACAGCGGCCUGCAAAGCCCCGGGUCGAGCCUGAACGCCUGUCAGUACAACAGCUGACGGGCCAAAAGCGGGGCCUAAAAAUUUUUACAAAUAUAAAUAAAUAUAUAUGUGAUGAACGGACACGGUGUCAGAGCUUAGAGGCUACCUGCGGAUGGGGAAGAAAAAAAAAAUCAAAGACAACUAAACUGGAUUAGUUGCAAUCAUUUUUUUUUCAUAAAAACAAAGUAUGGAUUAUGCGGGUUAUAUGUGUUUACCAAUGAACUUGCACAGCAAUUAAAAUGUCCAGGUUUUGUUUUUGUUUGUUUGUUUGUUUUUUUUGUUUUUUUUUUUGUUUGUUUUUUUUUAAUGAUGAAGACGUGUUACAUUGCUGCAUUGUACAUAUAUUAAUGUAAAUAUAUACAGGCCUAACAUAUGAAACGGACGAUGGGAUUUUUUUCUUUCUUUUUUUUUUUUGCGCUUGCUUGCUUUUGAAGACUCUCUUGGGGGGGUUCUCCACCAAAGAUUUUCAAGAAAAAAAAAAAAAAAAGUCGAGCCUGACGUGAGUCCAGACUCAAUGAGGGGGGAGGGGGGGGGGGGGGGGGGGGGGGGUCUAGCCUAUCUUGUACAUAUUUUAUACUGCUUCUGUGUGCUUUCUAUUUACCGUCUAUGCAGGGUGCCACCGGCCCGCUUGACUCCAUGACGCCUCCCGUUCAGUGACUUUAUUUUAAAAUGUUUUGUUUUUUUUUUCAUUUUGUUUGCUGAAAUAGAAAAGCCCGCAUGUUUAACUUGAGUGCAACGUGUUUUGUACGAUAAUGUAAGUCUUUGCAGAAGUAAGUUCAUUAGCCUAAACUGUAUACAAAAAGGUGAUUCCAAGUCCUCAUGUGUUUAUGGUAACAUGUUUGUUUGAAUAAACUCCAGGAAAAGAGAGGUUUAUUUCAAGUAUGUUUUAGAGGA